AAAACAAUGCUGUUGGGAAUACGGUCUAGCUAGCUCCAAGAACGAAUUUGAACCGGGUGUGGUGUGGCUCUACUCAAAAGAGAAGAGUAUGGCAAUAGCAAGCAAAAAGUAUCGAAUGAAGAAUCUCCAUUUCCAUUGCGUUACGUUACGUUAGUUACGGAAUACGGACACAAGAGUUUGUGUACUAAAAUUUGUCCGACAUCAAUCAAUAUCUCGGAAAUAAUUAAAUGCAUUUUAAAGUGCAUUGGUUACGUGUUCGUUAUCAACUUUUGUGUUGUGGAUGGUUUACGUGUGAUUAACCUAAUGCUAUCUAAAAAUCUGUGGACAUUUGUUUUUAUUAUCGCAAGAUAAUAAAGAUUUUAGGAGCCAUUUACACAUGGCGAGAAGUCACGUAGACUUUGUUUGGUAAAAUGUGGAGUGGACAUCGACGCGUCAAAUAGUGAACAAAACCAUUCAAUUGUUAGCACAAGUAAAAUUAAUUAAAAUGGAUAGCAAAAUUAUACAAAAAAAUGCCAUGCAGAAAACAGCCGAGUUUACUUUUACGGCGCCGCCUGAGGCUCCUGUGUUUGAGCCCACGGCCGAAGAGUUCAUGGAUCCACUCGGCUAUAUCGCCAAAAUUCGGCCCGUCGCGGAAAAGACCGGAAUAUGCAAAAUAAAGCCCCCAGCACGAUGGCAACCACCAUUUUCGUUAGAUGUAGACAAAUUGAAAUUUGUCCCACGGAUUCAGAAAGUUAACGAGUUGGAAGCCAUUACGCGAUUGAAACUUUUGUUUCUUGAAAAAAUUUUGAAAUUCUGGGAUCUCCAAGGCUCUCCUCUUAAAAUACCAAUGAUAGAAAACAAAACUUUGGAUUUGUACUGUCUUAAAUUCUGGGUUGAUGAAGAGGGCGGUUUUGAAAAUUGCAAUACUCCGAAAAAGUGGCGUAAGAUAGCUCAUUCCAUGGGAUACAGUCAGAAUGCAAACACAAUGAAUUUUCUCAGAAAUAAUUAUGAUAAAAUCCUCCUGCCCUAUGAUAUUUUUGAAAAGAGCAAAGCUGACAUAUUAAAAACUGUUAAAAAGACCGAAUUAAAAGACGAAAAUGAUGUUAACAAAGCUCACACAUUUCGAGAAAUAUCACUGGAAUCCAUAAAAAAAUUAAAAGAGGAAGAAGAAGAGAAUGAAAAACCCCACACCAGUAUUAAAAAGAUGAAGACAGGGUCAGAUAUAAAAUCAGAUGUGGACAUCUCUGGAACUAAAACAGAAAAUAAACCAGAAAGUGAAGAAAUAAAGUGCAACAGAGAACUCAGAAGACUUGCUUGCUAUGGUCCAGGUCCUAAAAUGCCUGGAUUGAAUGAUGAGGAAUUUGAUAUAACCAAGUCAAGAAAAAGACCAAGAUAUGAAAUGGACCCUUUAGCCAUUUAUACCUGUGCUAUUUGCCAAAAAGACCAUAGAGAUGAUCUGCUUCUGAUUUGUAAUGGCUGCUCAGACACUUAUCACACCUUCUGCCUGAAACCCCCUCUCAGCACAGUACCAGAAGGAGACUGGCGUUGUCCCUGCUGUAUAGCAGAAGAAGUCCACAAACCUGCUGAAGCCUUUGGGUUUGCUCAAGCUGAAAGAGAAUAUACUCUGCAGCAGUUUGGGGAAAUGGCAGAUAAAUUCAAAUCUGAUUAUUUCGGAAUGUCAGGACAUCUUGUGCCAACCAGUGUGGCUGAAAAAGAAUUCUGGAGGAUUAUUUCAUCAGUAGAAGAAGAUGUAACCGUGGAGUAUGGUGCAGAUUUGCACUCAAUGGAUCAUGGCUCUGGAUUUCCAACAAAGUCUUCCUUAAAUCUUUAUCCAGGCGACCAGGAGUAUGUGGACUCUGGAUGGAAUUUAAACAAUCUUCCAGUGCUCAAUGGCUCCGUGUUGAGAUUCAUCAAUGCUGAUAUAUCAGGCAUGACAGUCCCAUGGAUGUAUGUUGGCAUGUGUUUUUCUGCUUUCUGCUGGCACAACGAAGACCACUGGAGCUAUUCUAUCAACUAUUUACAUUGGGGAGAAGCUAAAACUUGGUAUGGAGUGCCAGGAAGUGGAGCAGAGCUUUUAGAGAAAGCCAUGAAGGCAGCAGCCCCUGAUCUCUUCCAAUCUCAGCCAGAUCUACUCCAUCAACUAGUUACAAUAAUGAACCCAAACAUCCUAAUGGCUGCAGGAGUGCCCAUCUACAGGACUGAUCAGCAAGCAGGAGAGUUUGUUGUCACUUUUCCCAGAGCCUACCAUGCAGGUUUCAACCAAGGUUACAACUUUGCAGAAGCUGUUAACUUUGCUCCACCAGACUGGCUUAAAGUUGGAAGGGACUGCAUAACACAUUAUAAAAACUUGAAAAGGUUCUGUGUGUUUUCACAUGAUGAGCUGAUUUGCAAAAUGGCACUUGAAGGUGAUCGCUUGGACUUGGAAACUGCCUUAGAGACACAAAAGGAGCUAGUCCAGGCAGCCCGUGAUGAAGGACACUUACGAGCAUUGAUGGCUACCAAAGGUCUGAAGAAUGUCUGCAGAACUGCAUUUGAACUUCUAGGUGAUGAUGAGCGAUUAUGUGAAGUAUGUAAAACAACAUGCUUCUUGUCUUCUGUGUACUGUGGCAAUUGUAAAUUCAUGGCAUGCCUGUCCCACGCAGAAGAUGCAUGCAACUGUCCGUUAGAGCAGAAAACUCUAAAUUACCGAUAUGACAUGGAUGAGCUUCAUAUAAUGCUGCAAACUAUUGACUUUAGAGUCAAUAGCUUUGACAAAUGGAUGACUGAAACGAAAAACAUUUUGCUUCCAACUGCACCCGACAUUGGACGUCUCCAAAAAUUAAAGAACUUGGUAGAUGAAGCAGAUGAACUUAAAAUACCAAAGUGCUCAUUAUUGUCACAGCUAAAAGAAGAGUAUACUAAAGCAAGUGAUAAUGUUGAACCAAUUGUAAUAGAAUUAGAUGAUGAUUGAACUUCUACAACAAAGUGGUUUAGUACAAAAGUAAUUUUAAGUAAGAAUCCUUGUAUGAAAAUUAGAUUUGAACUGCACAUUAGAUGUAGAUGGUUGACUUUUUGGUUUCUUAUUUAAUUGAGUUGGGGUUAAACUUAAAUAAAUGUUAAUAGGCAGCUUAAGUACCUACAUUUGCGAUUUUAUCAAAAUUAUCUUGGGUAGCAAAUUUAAAUAUGAAUGUUAGUGAUUUUGCAAGCAAGAAUUAAUCUAAGAAACUUGAUUAAUGAAUAAAAAACAAUGAGUCCAGGAUUUAGAUAUAAUUAAUGCCUACAUGUAGUGUACAUGAUUCGACUUUUAUUAUUUAUACACUAGCUAGAAAUAUAUUUUAUUGUUUGACAAGUGUAUACUCCUGACGACUGGCUUUCAAAAUUUGCCAGCUUAAUUGAAACUCUGUCAAAUUGAUAGUGUAAAAUUAAUUGGGGCCUAUGUACAGUCACCAUCAAAUAUUUUGGACCAACCACGGCCAAGCCGCUCAACCUUUUCGCCGCCAUUGACUUGAUAUAAAGUCAGUACAUUUCGUGCCCCACACGCCACGUCUUGAUAUGUUAUACGGGUUGACUACGUGAAAUUUUUGACAUGGCGUUGAUGACACUUUAUUACUCCAUUGACGUGGCGGCGAAAAGGUUAAUGUCGUCAGGAGGAUAUAUCAUAACACAACUUGCUGCUUGUAAUUACUGAUGCAGUAAUAAAAAUAAGUGUAAAAAACACAACACUAGUAAGUUAUUUUAUUCUGAAGACUGUAAAUUUAGCAACUAGUGACCAUUGAAAAUACUUUUGUAUCAACUAUGUCAUCUGUAAUUUUCUUAUUACUUUGAGGUUUUGGUUAAACUUCUCACCAAAGUAAUUUUAACACUGAUCUAUGUGGUAUAGUCAAUUCUUUUCAUGGAGAUAUUGGCGAAUAAUUCACUAAUUACUUGAAAUGAGUAACCCUACAUCCAAGCUAAAUUUGUAUUGAAAAAAACAUUGCAGUUCAGUGAAAAGUUAUUUAUAUUUUCUGAAAGCACUAUAAAUAUUCGUUAACAUAAAUAUUCAUUAGGCUAUAUUUAAAAUAAAUUGUAUAGCAAACUGUCAAAAAAUGUAAAUUUUGAAGGAAAGUAGGUAGGUAUUUUGUUUUAUAAGAUUGUAAAAUAAGCCCACCGAAAUUAUCCACAAAAUAAGGGUGUGGAAAUGUUGAUGUAAAUCAUAUGCCACUGUAAGAGGAAAAAAAUCUGUUCUAUUAAUUAUAAAUUGCUAUUGAUCUCAUCAUUAGAAGUUAACUGCUUUCCAUUGAUUCAUCAAAAUUAUUAAUUUCGAAUGAAGGGCAAGCAAUGUUUCCAUGGGCAUAUUGGAGUGGGUAGUCAAACUAUAUUCACGUCUGUUUUAUUGAAUACAUACUUGAGAUACUUAGGGCUGGUUGCACCACGCUCAAUCGAUAAAUUGGUUACUAGAAAUAGAGCCGGCAACUGUCACCCCAUCCCAUUUAGAACUAAAACUUUUCAUACAAAUUUUAACGCACUACCAUUACAGACUUUAGUGCAACCAGUCCUAAGCCAGUAAAAUUUUGAGAAACAAGGCUGAUUUUUGCAUGAUAUCUGUACACGAUGGUAAUUCUUUAUUAUUUUGACUAAGUGCUGACCCAGUGCUCGCAUCCUAUGGUAGGGUAAACCUACCUAUUGUCAGCCCUCUAAUUAUUAGUCAAUUCUGUUGACGCACCCGCUGCAUAAGUUGGAAAGGUCUACAGCGUCUAAGUCAAAGGGUGUCUUACCCUACUAUUAGGAUGAAGAAUGUAUUAGAUAUACUAUAAUUCGAUACCUAUCCAAUGAAAGUAUUUGUACUGGAAUGGUAUUAAUGUCAUGCAUCACAAAAAUAAUUUAUUAUGGCAUAGUUUUUAAUUCUGAGCUCUUAGAAUGUAGGAGUAAUUUUAAUGUUAACAUUACGAUUUAGGAAACUAAACGUAAGGCUAUGACAUAACAUUGUAUUUGUAUAUUCGCCUGCUUAGUUCAGUUAAGAAUAGGUAGCCAGUAUUCUUUUCUAUUUAUUGUAAAUUAAUGCUCUCCACUUGCGUUCAAAUUUACCUAAGUCGCCUAAGUGUUAGUACCGAAUUCAAUUUAUCCAUUCAAAAUUUGACCUGAGUAUAUUAAGUACCUAUGUAUAUUUUCAUUGUAAAAAACGUAAUCUUGUCCCUCAUCAUGGUAUCAACUUAUCAAGUCAUAAUUGAACCUUAUAAUAAAUUCAUUAAGGUUCAAUAUUUGGAUUGGUACUUAGCUGUUUUACCCAGCUUCGCGACGGCAAUGCCAGAGUUAUGUUUUGUAUAUUAGUGCAUACUUUGACAUCCCCCUAGUUUCAAUGUGUUAAGCUUAAGCCAAAUUUGAAAACAGACUCAUUUCUGUUAAAUUUCCUUUGCCAUUGUUCGAAUGAGUGUAUGAUUUUGUGUUUGAUUGAAAAGAAAUAGACUAAAUAAACAGUCUAUUUCUGGAUAAUUCAAAUUAUUCCAGUUGCGUGAUUUGUACUGUGAUUGAAGAAUUUUGUUUAUUUUAUGAAUGAGACAGAUAAAAAGUUUUUAGCCUCCCAAUAAGGCUAGUAAACUUUAAAAAUUAAGUUUAUUGAGUGAGUAUUAGAAAUAAUAAAUAUGUUAAAAUGAGUAAUUAAAAUCUUAUAAGUCUA